GUAGUAUCAAUCACCAUCUUCCUUCGAGGGGACAAACACACCCACCCACCAUAGCACACUCGCACACAGAAACACCACCGUAUUGCCCAUCGCCAAAGCGCCACCAUCGUCACGCAUCUCUCUCCCUCGCGGUGGCAACCCGUGCAGGUGUGCUCAGAUCAGCCCCCUCGCUUCAACCAGCACCCACACCUUCGCCUUCCGUGAUCGCGUCGUUGGGCAUCGCUGGCCUCAGUCGGUGCUUGGCAAGGCAUCCGCUUUGGGCGCAAGGCUCCUUUUCUCGCCAUCACCAGCAUCGCCAGCAUCGCCCGUCCCGUCAACCACGUUCCCAUCUUUCUCCCAUCCACUGUACCCAUUUGGAAGGCGUGGAAACCAACACCUCCAAACGUCAGCUCGGCAGCGAACCGAGGCCGUUUUCCAUCAACCACCCACCACCAGCCCAUUCCCUCGAUCCGGUCUAGGUGCUCCCUUCACACUGCUCUCGUCCAGCCUGGCCGACACUCUUACAGGCGACUCGGCUCAUCUUUGCCAUUUGGACAUCUCGACCAGCCGUUGUACACCCCUCUGGCGCCUCCGAAAAGGGCAGUCAUGUCAACGAUCCUCGCCUCGUCCUGAAAAAGAGUCACCUUGGUGGGAUUCCCGAGAGAUCGGCCGUUAGGUGAAAGCCCUGUUCGGUCCAAAACCCCACAUGUGCUCGCAAAAGUCCCGGUUGCGCACCAUCCAUAUUCCUGAAACAAGUUCAGGGCUGCCAUGUUAUGUCACGCCACCAGGGGCUCGCAAUCAUGCCUAAACCGAAAAUCGUGCUUUACGCGGAAACUCUGACCCACAUCGGGCAAUUAACUCUACAUGCCUCCCUUCAAACGGAAAAGAACGAACACACGAAAAUCCUGCUUUCCUCGGAUAAGAAAGUCAUUACCGCCAUUCACGACGGGGAAUCGUCCAGUAUCUAUCUCCCGACCCAGAUAUCGGGCACUGCUCACGUCACGUUUCCCAUCGACAAGAGGACAGAAAUCUCGACGCGUCUGCAGAUAGACGACGUCGGGCAGCUAAAGCCGACGACUGAGGGACUGAGCGAUGUUGAAGCUCCUUGGUCUGCAGUCAGCCUGCAUGCACGUAGUUCUAUCUGCUGCGGCCAAUGCGCUGCUGCUAUUCUGGUGACGGACAAAGUCACGACCUGGAAAGAUUUGCCAAGCGAAAACUGGGCGGAAUUGAUGGACUUUUGGUUCUGCCAUAAGCCUCACAACAAGCAGUCCCCUCAGGAUCAUGCAGCCCAGUCCGCAAACCUCGCCGCAAAGGGUAAAGUCACGCCCACCCCGGGUGUGGGUUUGGUGGAUAUGGUUUCGUUCCUGUUGUGCGGAGAAGACUGUGCAAACAUCAAGGUGGCCAAGGACCCGACGAAGGCAGGCGUCGAUAUCCUGCGAUGCGCCUCUUGCAAGAGCUGUCUCGGAUCUGGCGCAGAGGACGAGAAAAGCUACCGUCUUUAUAAGUCCCGUCUGGCCGUAAUUCCAGAGCCAGGCCAAGCGCCACAGAGAUUCCCGGCCGCCGUCUUCCUGACCGCUCAACUGCUGUCUCUGAUUGGGAGCUCGGUAAGUCGCAGGGUCGUCGUCCAUGACGACGGGCGAUCUGAGUCCGAGGGCGGCCGUCAAGGUCUUCUCCUUUGGAUCUUCAACCCUGAUAUUUACUACUCCAGCAGCAAACGUGGACCCACGGCCCACCGCGCUAUGAAGGUAUUCUACAAAUCCCUUCCUCGUCCGGAGGAGUUUCUGGACGGCGCGGGUUCGAACUGCGAAGAGCUUGUCGUUCCCGAGGAGGACUUUUCUGGAUUCAAACAGACCUUACAAGAGAGCACAGACAUCCUCCCUCCGUCGGCGCGGACUUUCCAGGACUGGGACGUCGGCCUUCUGGACCGAUGGGAAAAGAAUGCGACAGGUUCCGCGAAGAUGGACCAAAACCCGUUGAACAAGAAAGUGGAGGAAGGGUUCGAGCUAUUCAAGUUGCCCGCGGGAAUGAAUGAGCUUUAUCUCUGAGAUCUGCGUCCCAAAUCCCGUACGCAUCAACCGACUUCGCACGAUUCGGAGAGCCUACCGUACCGAUAAAAAUCUGAUGUCGACCAAAAUUGCUGCGGACGCUGUCUAUCUCGUGGAAAUCGGUCGGACGGAGCCUCCAAAUUUGCAGCGUCGCCCAGGAGCAGUGUUGCUUCGACAUCACAAAUUGGACGAGUUGAGGGGCUUAAACGCUCAAGGAGCAAAAAAGAGUUGUUGACAUUCUGCGCAGAAGACGACACCAUCUUACGGCCCAUCUCGGGGGGCCAAGUGGCAACAACAACCUUGGAUCACCUCCGAGCACAUUGUCAUGGGUGCUGGUGUCGAUUCAUGCACAAUGACAGAAAGGCGUACUCCACAGUCCUGCGGAGCUGACAGCUGUGAUCCCCUGGUGAUGGGGUCAAUACGCGCGGGUCCGCAGGCAUUUUGCGGGUGCCUUGUAAGCUCCCCUCUCAUGCAAAGGGAAAGUGCGAAAGCGAGCCUAGACUUCUAGGGUGCAUUCAAUGGAGGCGGACUGUCGAAUACCCAUAUACUUACAAACAUGAUGCCGCUGGAAGAUGAUGGGUCAUCUAUCAACAUAUGAUGAUGCGGUGGCUGAAAAUUGCACCACUGAGCCUUUCUCUCGACAUUUCUGGUCAUGUCGAUAAAAUAAUCGACCUGCUCUUGGGAAGAUCCAGGGCAAACCAAAUGCUAGAAUUUAUGAAUUUAUCUUGUUCCGCGAAUGAAACCGUGGAGCCUUC